GCCGAUUGAGUUGCGCACGUUGUUUUUAUUAUUAUAACCUUAUAUAAAUAAUAAUUGCAGUGGUUUUUUAACUUAUUUUCUAAAAUGGUGAAGCGGAAUGCAAAGACGUCUGUUUCUGAAGAGGAAGGAGAGUCUCCAGUGGUUAAUGAGAACGGAAAGCGUGCUGCAGAAGAUCAAAAUAAAGAUGGGGCUAAGCGCAUACGGACCAAAAGUUUAUAUCGUCAGCCGACAGUGAAUGAGUUAAACAGACUGCAGGAGACCGAGAACUUGUUCAACUCGAAUUUAUUCCGUCUACAAAUCGACGAAAUCAUCCAGGAAGUAAAAGUCAAAGAGAAAACAGAGAAAAAGUUUCUUCAGUUCUUUAAUGAAUUAAAAACUUAUUUACUGUCUAUAUCAGAAGACGGAACAGAAUACGACUUGUCGGAACAAACUCUUUGCAAAAAAUUGAAAGUAAAACUGCCUAUAAGUGAAAGAUUAAGUAAAACAAAAUGCAUGUUUACUUUUCACAAAUUCUCUGAUGUUCAAAUUGUUGGUUCAUAUGCUUUAGGAUGCUCAAUAAACUCCAAACUUAAAGUAGAUUUACAAAUAACAGUACCUAGUGAAACAUACACGAAGAAUGAUUCCAUAAACUACAGGUACCAUAAGAAAAGAGCAGCGUACUUGGCAUACAUUGCAGCCCAUCUAUCUAAAUAUGAGCAAAUUGAAGAAUUGCAAUAUUCAUAUGUGAGCAUGUCAGAAUCAAAGCCUGUAUUAGACUUUAAACCAAAAGGAAAACUCGGCAAUCAGCUGUCAGUCCGUAUUCACUUAGCAUGUGAAAGUGAUGCGUACAAGUUACACAGGUUCAGUCCAGAACGCAACAAUUUGAGAGAAGCAUGGGUAUUGAAUGAGAACUCUGAUAAUAAUACCGAAGUUGGCCCACCUACUCCGUAUUACAACAGCAGUGUUUUAUCGGACCUUACUGCAUCAGUUAAUCAGGAGUUUUUGAAUGAGUUUUUAUUAAAGAGUGAUAAUUUGAAGCAAGCUAUUACUUUGCUAAAGAUUUGGUUGCGGCAAAGAGAUAUGAAAAUAUCAGGACAUAUUAUGUCUCUGUUGGUUGCAUACUUUGUCCAGGCGAAGAGGAUUAACAAUAUAAUGAGCAGUUACCAAAUUGUGAGGAAUAUUUGGUUAGCCCUCAAAACAUCAGAACUGGACACGAAAGGUAUUUCCCUCAAUAAAAUGCAGGAAAAAGACACAUGUCCGUCAUUGGAAGUAUUCCACAAACACUUUCCAAUUGUAUUCAUAGACAAGACUGGUUACUAUAACAUUUGUUGGCAAAUGUGUAAGGGUACUUAUGCAGCGUUGAAGAGGGAGAGUGCCUUAGCUGUGGAUAUGUUGGACAAUGGGAAGAUUAAUAGCUUCAUACCACUGUUUAUGACACCUGUAAAGCCCUUAUUACAACUUGAUCAUAUAUUGAGGUUCAAAAACUUGAAUCAGAUCAAAAAAGUUGUGGUCGGGAAAGCAUCUAAAGAAGAAAAGGUUAAUUAUGGCGUUGAGGAGUUGCCUCUAGUCAUUGAUGCGAUAUACUCCCUGCUGGUGAAGGGUUUGGGUAACAGAGUCGAUCUGAUACAGCAACUGGUAGAAGCUGACUUCUCAUGGCCUGUGAAGAACACUUUGGAAAUGGCUAGAAGCGGAUUCGAAGAAAAGCUAUCCUUUGGGUUGGUUUUGAACCCAGAAAAUUCACUAAACGUCGUGGAGAAGGGACCCCCAGCCAAUUUACCUGAAGCAGAGCAGUUUCGAGCAUUCUGGGGAGACAAAUCGGAGUUGCGUCGCUUCCAAGACGGAUCUAUUACAGAGACGUGCGUGUGGGAGGGAGAGACUAUGGCGGAAAGACGUACCGUGACCACGCAGAUCAUUAAUUAUCUUAUGAAGAUCAAGUUUGAAAUAAAGCCCACCGAGUUAUACCAUGUAUGUGACCAGCUGUCUAGCGUAAUAGCUCGCAAGCAGUGGUGUCGCGGUACUAGCGUGUUGCAGGUGGAAGAGGCCUCGCUCACAGUGCUACAGAGCUUUGAUUCACUCCGACGUGACCUGCGACAGUUGGUACAACUACCGCUAGACAUCAGUGCCGUCUUUGGAGUGUCCCCAGUGUUUAGUUACAGCGACCCGGUGGCCCCGGUGCCCUGCGCCGCCCCGGCCCGGCCCUGGCAGCGCGCCAGUACUUGCCUCGUCAAGGACAUACAAAGAGACGGCCUACAAACCUUACCUGACUACGUCCCUGUGUGCAAAGUUGUUAUUGAACUCGGUCACAGCGGCAAAUGGCCAGGCGACAUUCACGCCUUCAGAUGUUUAAAAGCAGCCUUCUAUCUACAACUAGCUGAGCGCCUUAACAAACAAUAUGGGAACGCCUGCCAAGCUUACAAUACACAUGUGGAUGUACUACGCGACGGUAUCACAUUCCGACUAGAGAUCUCUCAUCCGAAAGAGAUCACGCUACUGAGAAGAAGCAUAGAGAAUGGAGUUGUCAAGUUUAGAGAUACGGAAGAGAGUUUUCAGUUGCAAUGUGACACUGUUUUGUUGCCCCGGCUUAGGGGCGCGUUGCAUGGUCUACACCAGAAGCACCCAUCGUUCGGCGCGACAGUAUGCCUGUUCAAGCGCUGGCUAUCGUGCCACCUACUGUCGCCCCCGCAGUUCCCGUGGCGGGUCGCCGAGCUGGUGGUGGCCGCCGUGUACCUUCAUGCCGCGCCCGCGUUGCCCCCCACCACCCCCACUCUAGGGCUACUCCGGGUAUUACACUUGUUAGUGGAAUUUGAUUGGGCGAGGGAUCUAUUAGUGUUGGACUUCAAUGAAGAUAUGUCGCGUGAAGAAAUAAUGGAAAUAGAAAAGAAACUCAAUGAUGUAGAAGUAGAGUCUCGUCCGGCGGUCCGUAUAGUGACUUCCUACGACGGGGAGCAGCCCGGGGCUUGGAGCAGGGCAGGGCCCGACGCUCGGGUACUGGCGAGGGCGAAGGCCUUGGCCAGAAGUGCGCUAGACUAUAUGGACAAGAAACUCUCUGAAUGUGCUGAUAAUGUUUUGAACAUGUUUGUCCCGUCAUACGCGGGGUACAACGUGCUAAUCCACGUGGCGCGCCCCCUGGUGGCCCACUGCAGCGAGCGUCUGGACGCGGCGCCCCCCCGCCGGGACCUGCCCCCCACCCCCGCGGGGGACAUCAUACCUGUCGUCGAGUUCAACCCUGUUGAAAAGUACUUGCAGGAGUUAAGGAGUGCCUACGGCGAGUUCGCGUUGUUCUUCCACGACACAUACGGCGGGGACGUGAUCGCAGUACUAUGGAAACCUGAUAUCCACGAAGAUAGGGAGUUUCAGUUGACGAAUGCGAACGCGCUCAAGCCAAUAACAUCGAAUCGGGAAACAAAGUAUAGAGUGAAUACAGAAGCAAUUGUCGAAGAUUUUAGGAUAUUAGGCGACGGACUCGUCACAGAUAUUACUGUUAAUACCUAGUUUUAAGUACAUAUAAAUAAAUAUAUUAUGUUCUAAGUUUUAA